GACACGCAGUGUUUAUUGCUCUGUGAGAGAAAAAUCACGGAGAGGAGAGGAGAGAACAGAACAGAGCGGACGAAGCCGCUCAAAGCGGACACCGCCGUCAUCAUGAUCCUCUGGACGGAAACGACGACGUGACGCUCGCGUGUUUGUUUUGUUUUGUUUGUUUGUUUGUUUCCACCCCCGUCGCAUCGCGUGCGUUCUCGUGUUCGAACCCUCGCGCGCUCGGUGGUUUCUCAGCUCGUGUAUCAAUAAUAUUUGGUGCAAGCGCACCUGUCCUGAUCCGUCCUGCGCGUGCCGUCAUGAUGCGCACACCGGCCAUGGCGCUGCUGCUGCUCCUCGGCUGCUCGUGCUCAUGCUCGUGCAGCGGCUCGACUCUCGGAGCUUCUCCAUCCGCCGCGGCACCGUUAGAUUUCGGCUCGGUACCUGGAGGAGUUUAUGAAACCGUCGCGUAUUACGAGCCCGGCCCGAUCGGCCUGCUGUUCAACAUGAUGCGCGCCUUCCUGCACGUGGUCCAGCCGAACCCGUUCCCUCAAGAUCUCGUCAUCCAAGUGGCAAAGGACAAGUUCGGAGCCAUCAAGUCUGAGUACCAGAAGCCAGAGAACAUUGUUCUGACACUGCAGGUGAUUUACUAUGAGCUGGGCUUUGUGGUGUGUGCGGUCCUGGGGAUUCUCUUCAUUGUGCUUGUACCGCUGGUCGGAUUGCUCUUCUGCAUGUGCCGCUGCUGCGAUAACUGCGGUGGAGAGAUGCACCAGAGACAAAGGAAAAACGCAGACUGUCAGAGAGGACUGCUUACCACGCUCCUGCUCACCACCACCUUCAUCAUCACUGCUGGGGUCUUGUGUGCAUAUGCAGCCAAUCAGAACCUGAGUUCUCAGUUGAAGACCAUGAGGAAGCUCGUCAACAGUAACCUGCGAGAUCUGUACACCGUUGCCAAUAACACACCAGCGCAAAUCGAUCACCUGAUAUCUCAGUACGGAACCGCCAAGAACCAGGUGCUCUGUGAUCUGGACAAUGUAGGUCAGUUAUUGGGUGGAAAGAUACAUGAAGAGCUCGGAAAAGUGGUGCUUCCUGCCCUGGACGAGGCACAGAACAUGGCUGGAGUGAUGCAGGACACUAAGGAGGCUCUGGAGAACGUGACCGUGACGUUGCGGGUUCUACAGGAGGGCACGGCGCAGCUGCAGUCUAACCUGAGCAAGGUGCGAGUGGACAUCACGAAUACCCUCGACAACCAGGUGUGCACUCAAUCAUUUUCACCCAUCUGCAGCAACAUCCUCAGCUCGCUCAGCCAACUGGAGAUCAGCGCUAACUACUCAGCGCUGCCUGGUGUGAGUGAGCAGUUGGACAAAGUGAAUGACGUUUUGAAGACCGACCUCAGCCAGAUAGUUCACAAGGGGUUUUUAGCCUUCAAUGACACCCCAACCAUGGUAACAAACCAGACCAGAAAUGUAGCUGAAGGAGUCCGAGGUUUGUUGGAUGGCAUCGGCAACAACAUCACCAGAUUCUCCAAGCUGUUUCCGGUGCAGACUACUCUGAACAACGUCACCAUUUUCAUCAGUCACACACACUCACAAAUCGAGGAUCUUUAUCCAGAGAUCGACAAAAUGGACUUCUAUAGGUGGAUUGGGUGCAUCACACUGUGCUGCAUGGUGGCGCUUAUCUUAGCCUUCAACUUCCUCGGUCUUCUGUGUGGAAUCCUGGGAUUUGACAAACACGCCUCUCCUACUACCCGCGGCUGGGUGUCUAACACCGGAGGAAACCUGCUGAUGGCUGGUGUGGGCUUCAGCUUCAUGUUCUCCUGGGUGCUCAUGGGAGUGGUGACGGUGACGUUUGUGGUUGGGGGCAAUGUCGAGAAACUGGUGUGUGAGCCUUUCCACUCCAGAGAGCUUUUCAAGGUGUUGGACACUCCAAAUAUGGUGAACCCUUCAUGGAAGCACUUCAUCCCUGGCUACCUGUAUAAUGAUCCAGAAAUGGAUCUCACUGUGGAAGACAUUUACAGUAAGUGUAAGGAGAACCGUGGGAUUUAUUCCGCCUUCCAUCUGGAUAAAGUUCUCAACAUCUCAGCCUUGCUCAACAUCAGCUUGUACACUAAGGACGUGUCUAAGAAGUUCGACGGCCUGAAGGUGGAUCUGAAGACGAUCGUCCUGCUGGAUGCAGAGGGCAAAGAGAACCUCAUCAGCUUCACCGAGACUAGCAUUAAAGACAUCGACUUUGCAGCGUAUAUAGAGGAGCUCAAUAAAGGAGUGACCCGAGUCGACUUGCUGUUGUUCGCCAGUGAGCUGGAUGCUGACGCUGACCAACUGCCUAAGGGAUCUGUACAGAAUUCAAUCAAGGGCCACGCUAACACACUGCGACAGAUCUACGCCAAGCAGGUCAUCCCUCUUCAGCAGUCCAUGAAAUAUGUUAGCGCAAGGAGCACUAUGAACCACAGCAUCAGGUUUCUGGAGAGGACCGCCUCAGAUCUAUCAAACAAAAUACCAGAAAUACUUCGCGCCGUUGAGGCGGCGCAGAAUCUCAUCUCGCACAACGCAAGUUUUGCUGUCAAUCAGGAAAGUGAGAAAUACAAGCAGACCAUCAUUGGCUACUUCAAACAGUAUAUAGAUUGGAUCAAGACAUCACUGACGAUGGAAGUGGCCACAUGCAAACCUGUUAGCAACAUCGUAGACACUGCAGAGAUUCUGGUCUGUGGCUUCUUCUUCGAUUCGAUGAACACGUUCUGGUUCGGUUUGGGCUGCUCUGCGCUCUUCCUACUGCCCAGCGUCAUCCUGUCCGUAAGGCUGGCCAAGUUCUACCGCAGAAUGGACACCGAAGACGUCUAUGACGACAUUGACACAAUUCCCAUGAAAACUAUGGAAAUUGGUAAUAAUGGUUAUUAUAAUGAACAUAUACAAGGUAUCCAAAACCCUGUAAUGUCAAGCCUCCCUGCCUAUGACACUAUGACUCGAUUCCCACGAGCCUCAGCGCCCCCUCGCCAUGGCGACUGGUGACACCAAGGAGGAACCUUUUGUUUUUUUUCUCCUCAGUACUCCACAAAGUGCUGCUGGAAACUGACUGAAACUCUAGACUACCCACUUAAUGAACAUCAGUCCCAGAUUAGAGUGGGGGAUGGGAUCAGAAGAGGAUGCCCAGACACAACAACCGCAACCUGGGCUUCGUCUUCACUUUCCACUCUUCACUGAGUUUCAAGUUUAUUAGUGACUAAUAAAUUAGCAACUCCAACACUGGAACUUUUAUGAACUUUACAUGGAUGGAUAUUUUUUCUUUGGCAAACAUCACAUCAGACCGCUAGAGCAAAUUAUGGAGUCAGGGACAUGAACAUACAUCAUUCAGCCACUAUAUACAGUAGAUACACAAAUCCGUGUUUACAGUCAUUGUGCAGUCAGGUUCUUUUUUUGUGCAACUUCGACAUUCUACGUUCAUUUUUAAUCUCCUGAAUUUACCUCUCCAGCUUGUCUGAGGGACAAGUUUGGAGGGUUGUUUUUUUUUCUUCGUAUAAGGCAUUAACUACCUGCAGCACAAACUGCUGUUUAAAGGGACCAUGUCAUUUUUGAGCCAACAACCUUGUUGAAUAUAUAUAUAUAUAUAUAUAUAUAUAUAUAUAUAUAUAUAUAUAUAUAUAUAUAUAUAUAUAUAUAAAUUAAUGUGUGUAUAUAAAGACAUGCUUGUAUAUGUGCUAACACUGUUGUGAUGAUGCAAUAUGGGAUCGCUGUUGAGCCAUGCAGAGGCUGAAUGAACUGUUGCCUUCAUGUUUAUGGUAUAGUUAACGUCACCCUGAAAUCGUACGUAAGAGAACGUUCUUCUUUGGCGGACAAGUAGCCAUCCUUGUCACUUCUGUGUCUUGAAAUGUUCAAAGAUCAAUUUUGUAUGUAUAUAAUACCAUCUCUAACUUUUUAGAGGAAAUAACAAUGUGGCAGUUUUGAUGUAAUUUAGUUUCUAUGGACGAACAUUUUUAAAGCACUGCCCUCCUUAUGAUACUAACAAAAGCUCAUGAGCUGGAGUUUGUAGGCGAAGUAAGCAUAGAACUCUCCACACACAAAAUAUAUAUAUAUAUAUAUAUAUAUAUAUAUAUAUAUAUAUAUAUAUAUAUAUAUAAAUAUAUAUAUAUAUAAAUAUAUAUAAACAUCACUGAUGCCAAAUCGUAUUUUUGUAGAUCUCAGGACACUUAGCUAUUAUGAAUCCUGUUUUUCUUGGCAAUUUCAAAUGAUCACUGGCAAACUAUCGAAGUGUGAAUGUAACACGUCACUGUAAGAAAAGGAAAAAAAAGCCUGUGUAAUUUUUAAAACAAGUGGUACCAGGAGCAAAUUUAUUUCACUGCUCGUUUGUUGCUAGGCCUUCAAAUUUCUGUGUGUGAUAAUAAUAAUGUCAGGUGCUAGAUAUUUUUUGAUCAUAACUGUUCAUUAUGUGAGAAUUAUAUAUGAUAUGACAGUGUUAUGCAGGCCUUGAAUAAAAUGUUUACCUGAUUUCGUACACCCCA